AUGGUUGAAGGCGACGUCAACCAGGCGAAGAAGUCCGUCUUGGGCAUGCCUGGCUUCAUGGUCGACUUCCUCAUGGGAGGUGUUGCCGCUGCAGUCUCCAAGACCGCCGCUGCUCCUAUCGAGCGUGUUAAGCUGCUCAUCCAGAACCAGGAUGAAAUGAUCAAGGCCGGCCGUCUCGACCGCAAAUACAACGGUAUCGUCGACUGCUUCAGCCGCACAGCCAAGGCCGAGGGUGUCAUGGCUCUGUGGAGAGGCAACACUGCCAACGUUAUCCGUUACUUCCCCACCCAGGCCCUCAACUUCGCUUUCCGCGAUACCUACAAGUCGAUGUUCGCCUUCAAGAAGGAGCGUGAUGGAUACUGGAAGUGGAUGGCUGGUAACUUGGCCUCCGGCGGUAUGGCUGGUGCCACCUCCCUCCUCUUCGUCUACUCCCUCGACUACGCCCGUACCCGUCUUGCCAACGAUGCCAAGUCCGCCGGCAAGGGUGGUGAGCGUCAGUUCAACGGCCUGGUCGAUGUCUACCGCAAGACCCUCGCCUCUGACGGUAUUGCCGGUCUCUACCGUGGUUUCGGUCCCUCCGUCCUCGGUAUUGUGGUCUACCGUGGUCUCUACUUCGGCAUGUACGACUCCAUCAAGCCCGUUCUCCUGGUCGGCUCUCUUGAGGGCUCCUUCUUGGCUUCCUUCUUGCUCGGCUGGGCUGUCACCACUGGUGCCGGUAUCGCUUCCUACCCUCUUGACACCAUUCGUCGUCGCAUGAUGAUGACGUCUGGUGAGGCCGUCAAGUACAAGUCUUCGUUCGAUGCUGGUCGCCAGAUCAUGGCUGCUGAGGGUGUCCGCUCCUUCUUCAAGGGUGCCGGUGCCAACAUUCUCCGUGGUGUUGCCGGUGCUGGUGUGCUCUCCAUCUACGAUCAGGUUCAGCUCCUCCUCUUCGGAAAGAAGUUCAAGGGCGGUUCCGGCUAA